GGUCUUCCACCCGAGAACAAUGAAUGUCCAGAUGUAGACACAGUCAUGGCCACAGCUGGGGUUUCAGAAACCAGCACCAUAGAUUUUUUAGAGCCUUUAAAAGUCACGGACAUGGAAUCAGCCACAGAGCAUCCACAAGAAACAAAUUAUUAUAAUGGGUUGAAAGCCCACACUGCCAUGCCAGUGAGGACAGGGGGUAAUGAAUCUAGUUUGGAGACUAGAGAAGAAAAGUUACCCAGACUAAAUCCUGUUAAUGAAUUCAGUACAUCAGUUGCUAAUUGCCAGACUUAUCAGCAGGAUGAAGAAAACAGUGCUCAUGACUUCUGUACUGGUCCUGUACCUAAACAUAAUGAACCUUAUAGGUUGUCAUCAGUAGAAAGCUGUAGAAUGCUCUCCACAAAAAGUUCUGAAGUCUCAUGUUCGGUUCUGAAAAGCAGCUAUUACCUGGACUUCAGGAAUAUGCCACUAGGAGACAAUAGUACUGCAGUCCAUGGAAUUAUCAAUGAACUUCCCAAAAAGUAUCUUCACAAAACCAUCAAAAGCCAGACUCAUGAUCAUGGGACUGGGUUUGUAGAAAAUGGAACCUCCUCAUCCCUACCAGUAGAGCAGGUCUCAGUUGUUUUUAAAGGAUUAUCUACUGCUAAAACUGAUCAUAGGGAAGUAAGUGCAAGUAUAGGUAAAUUGUACAGCUCUGAAUUUGAAGAGGCUUCUGAAGUCUGGAGAAAAAUUGCUGUGGGAGAGAACAUUGAUGUUUGUAGCUGGCCUGAAGCUCAAGAGGAUGCUAAUUCUGAGCACUGUCAUUCUUCAGUUUUUAGUUCUGUUGCUUCAUCUCCUGAGGAGUUCUCAAAAGAAAACUUUAAAAUGGUCCCAUCAGAAGGUGAUAAGUUGAAAAAGAAUCAGUGGCAAUUCCCUGUCAGUGACUUAUGCAAGGAUGAUAUAAAAGAAAAUAGUCUAUUGAUGGAAACAAGCAACACUGCCUCCCAUGAAAUUGGACAGACAAACAAAUGCUUUUAUAGUACCUCCAGAAAAAUGUCUCCUCCCAGUAGCCACAGCUGUCUGGAUCUUAGUACCAAGCUAGAAGAUUCACCUGAGGCCCAAGUGCUUGAAAAGGAAUCUGAGAAUAGUACAACACUAGAAGAGUUGGCUGGCAGUUCAGUUCAAAGUACAGAAGCUAAUAAUAAUGAAAAUUUGUCCACUGGCAAAGAAACGCAUUUGAUUUAUACACUAAAUGUAGCUCUACCUCCCAUCGCACAGAAAUCAAGAGAACCUCGUUGUCAUGAGUGUCCUCCUUGUAUUGCUAAUGAAGUUUCAAACAGGGACAAGGCUCAGGAUAAUCUAUCUGGAAAAGAAUCAUUUGGUGCUUCUGUAACUACAGAAGAGCAAGUCACUCAAACUAUGCUCCAUCAAGACAAGUUCAAGUCUUCAGUAAGUUCCAGGACUUCUGAUAACCCUAAUAUGACAAACAAAAUUUCCCAAAAGGACAUGAAUUCUUCAGUGGGAAAUACAGAGAGUGUGGUCACUGCUUUAGGAAAUGAACAUAGUGACACAUGGAAUUUUGAUAAUCAUAAUAUAAAAGACCAGUGUACAGCUGCCAGUACUUCCUGUGUUUUAUCAGGGAGUACAUGUGUAGAUGAUGUUCUCCAAAACAGCCAUUCUUGGGAUGUUGAGGUUGAUAAGAAGAUUGAAAAAAAAUAUAUUUGGGAAGGAGAAGACUCAGCUGAAUAUAAUAGUAAAAAGAUAAUAAUCUUUCCAGAAGCACACUUCCCUUUGUCAUGUGGAUCUCUUCCUUGUGAAGAAGACUGGGGCAACAGAGGUGUAGAACUGCAUGGGAUAAAUGGCAGUGAAAUUCUAUGUAACAAUGAUGAGGCAAAAGAACAAACUGGGACAUGUGCUCACCAGACAGAUGGAUUUGAGAAAAUAAGAACCGUGGAUACUCCAAAGGCUCCUGGAGGCAAUCAGAGAAAUAAGACUAGUGAAGAGCUAUUAGGCAGAUAUUUUAACAAAAAGCCCUGUACUUAUAAUUUUGGAUUUUGCAAUUCUCCAUUAGGCCCAAAGAAGAGAGAAACAAGCACAUAUGAGAAGAAAGAAGUGUCAUCACUCCCAGCUAAUCCCUCUGAGUGUAGCACUGCAAUCUGUGACAUGUGCCCGUUACUCAGAAACAUGAAUAUUCAAACAAGAUGUGCCAGCCAACCAGAAAAGACUCUUUGUCCCAUGGAAAAUCAGUGUCUUGCAUGUCAGAGUGAGUUGGAUGGCCUGGUUCCAGGCAGCAAGCAACAUUUAGAAAGUUUAAACAACCAACCAAACACUGGCUUACAAACUACAGCUACUUCUGUGGAAGAAACCAAUAUAUCAAUUGGCUAUAGUCAAAGUGAAGAGAUACUGUUAGAAACAGGUGAUGACUUGCCUCCUUUAGCUCAUAAAUAUGCAAAAGGAGACAGUUUUCAAGGAACAAUAAAUGAGAAUGUGGUGGAUUUGGACUCUUUAAAUGGUGUGAGAAUUGAAGACUGUUCAGGAUACACAGGCUUUGUUGGUGAUGUAAUCGGAGAGGAGACAAUCAGACUAAAAGAACAUGAAAAUGGAUGUGAAAGGGAAAAUAAAGGAACUCGUGAAGUAAGUUUUUAUGAUUGCAAAGCACAGUGCUCACAGCAUGCUUGUGUUAUCGGCUGUGCAAGAGAGAAAGCGGAGCUGGUGUUUGCAGGAAGCAAAAUGCAGCAAUCUUUGCCAAAGAUGAAGGGGUUGGUGAAGGACCAGGAAAAUACAGUUAGUGCCCAAUUUUUGCCCUCCUCAUCAAGUCAUGGGAAUCUGACGUAUAAGCCAGAAAAUACGAAUGUGCUUUCAGAGACAGAAAACAAAAAAAGCCUGAGAAGAAAAUGUAUCUCAAGUAACUCUUGCUCGCAGUUCACAUUUCAGCCUGGCAAAGAAACUGAUGAUGCUCUGAAGGGUAUUAGUCCAUCCCAUUUCAGAAAGUUGGUCAUUCAGGAACCUUCUAAUGAGAUGCAGGCAGAUUCAGAAACACUGUCAGCUCUGUACUUGGGAAUCUCUCUGCCUGAGGAAGGAAAGCUGUGCAUGGCAUCUGAGGACACACAAAUAGAUAAUUUUGAUUCCUCUUCAGCCAAAGUUUUCAGCAAAGAUUCUUCAGUGACAAAACCUCUCUCUGUAACAAUGUCUGUUAAGAGAAAAGCCAGCAAUACUAAGAUCCCAUCUUCAGAGAAUAAAAUAGCAAGUAGUUGUCUGAAUGUUGCAAAAAGCUCAAGAGUUUGUGCACACAGCAAAGACAGUCUAAGAGAUGAGGGGGACAGCAUGCCAACUGUAAAAGACAUGGAUGUCACCUCUCCAAAAAGUACUCGCUGUGAAGAGAAGUUAAAGAAUACAUGUGGAGAAGAGAACAUGAGAAGAGAAGCAGCCCCUAGAAAAAACCUGCUCAUAGAUUCUUUUCUUGAUGGAGAAGAUUGUCUUUGGGCCUCGUUAGAAGAUUCCAAAGAGUCUGGUAGCAAAACAGGCCCUCUCAGUACUGAGAGUUAUGGAAAAGUUUUGGAAGAAAUCUCAAGAUCCAAACAAAGUAAUCCUUCAAAAGAAAGAAAAAAUUAUACAGAGCUCACAAACCUGGCAGGUACCAGUCUGCUUUCAGAAACUGUGUGUGGUUGUCAAGCUGAAGAUGCAUCUUCUGCAGAAACUUCACCAGAAUUGCAGUAUGAUACAACACCCACAUUUUAUCCACAUAUGAGUAUACAAUCAAACAGUUGCAAAGAAAUGCCCCCAAACUGUGUAGUUUGCAGCAAAGUAUGUGUGCCUUACAAAUUAAAUGCACAGAGCAAAGAUAACAUAAAGGAGGUUACAGAAGGCCAAGACACUGAACCAACUCAUUCACUCUGCAAGGAAAAUGAGGCUUUAGGUUCAGAGAGAUUUGAUCAAAUAGAGAAACGUCAGUUACUUAAACGAAAGAAGAAGUAUGAGAAGAUGAAAGUACAUCAGUCAAACAAGGCACAACCAGAACACAAGUCAGAAUAUGAAGAGAAAGCAAAACUCACACUGCAACCAACUACAUUGCACAGCUCUAAACUCUCAGGCAGCUCUCUGGAUGAAUUGGUGACAUCAAGAAAUAAGGAGUUUCGAGGUCCUUCAGAGGAGAUUUUUGCUGUUAGAAGCAGUGAAAAUAAUGUAUGUAGCACUUUACAAGAAGUCAAAAGGCCAAAGAUUACUACAGAUACUAUUAGUUCACAGUUUUUGAAGACUCAGGAUUCAGAAACGGAAAACCUGAACCUUAAUUUAGGGUAUGAUGGAAUCCCUGGUGCCUUUGAAACCACAAAUAAACUAAGAGGACCUGUUCCAUUAAAAAGACAGCCUGGCAGGACAUGUAAAAAAGUUCCCACAUCAUAUCAACUAAAAACCAUCAGAAAAAGCAAAAAAUGUAAAAGCUCAUCUUUUUUUGAGAUUUCCCCAGAAAUAUUCCCCAAGCAGGAAAACACACACUUCAAAUCUUUGUACUUUCCAUGUAAACCACCAGCAAUGGAAACGGAAACAGCCAUGAAAUCUGUGCAUCUGCCAAGGCAGAGGGCCAAGAGGUGCGGUUUGUUGAGCAGCUUGAGAUUUAGAAAAUGUACCAAAGAACCAGUGUUGUUGAGCAAACUGACUGCAGUGGCUAGGAACCUCCUGGCACCUGCCAAAAGCAUCCAUCACCUAAAACCUCUGCCACGUUCUUCUGAAAUUCUUCCUGUGGGUGAGAGGUACAGCCAACGUGUAUGUAAAAAUCUAUUGGAAGCCUUUUCUUGCAUUAACAGGAACUUACACUCACGCUGGGCUGACAGUUGGUGCACCAAGAUGUUCAGCUUUCAGCCUUUGGCACUUUAUCCUGUAGAAUCUACCAAAAUACUUUUUUCAGACUUGAGCCACAAGCCUCCAACCUCUUUCUUGGAUACCCCAGUUUUCCCAAUUUCUUUUCACAUAAAAUUAGACUCCAGUCCUGCGACAGACCUCACAGGGAUUACAUCCCAGCACUCUGUACAUCUCAAACCGGUUUUGGGAGAGAUGGAAGCACCACCUUCAAAAUGGACUUUCUCUUUUCUCCUGUCUCAGAGCUGUUCAGAUACCACAGCUUUCAAGGAAGAUUCCCAUCUAGAUAAUAAGCUGCAUUCCUCUCUCUCUGUAAGAAGAGAAGUUGCCCUUCAUCCUGACCGUGGAAGAAAUGCCAUAGCUGAAAGAAGAAGAGGUUGCUCCAUGCUUGGCCUUCACACAGUGUUAGCACUUUCUUCCCCUGGAUGUUACAGGAUUUGGACAAGAAGAAGAAACCUAACCAGUCAUAUUCCUACCAUCCAGAGACUAUUUAUAUCACAAUUCGCACAGGGUUUGAAAGGGGCAAGGCAUCCAGCUUCUGUCUCAGAUGACCUCGUCUCUUCAUUGCCAUACUCAUUGGGCAGGGUACUCUCCAUAUGGAGUCAGCAUGGUCCUGCUGCCUGUCCCUCCGAAAUCACUCCUCUCCAUUCCAAUCACUGCAAGUGGCAGCCAAGUGUGGGCAUCGAGAACAGCUGUGCCAUGUUACCCCACUUGCCUGUACAGAGUAUGGAAGCACUACAGACUGCAGGUCAUGAGAUAUGUCUGGAAACUUCAUUCCCUUUUCCAUUACCAAAGCCUUGCUCACUUCCAGAGCCAUUGCCAUCUCCACCCAGGCUUGCAGCAUCCGAGCUCCAGGUCUGUGCCCUUGAUGAAGCUGAUGCUUCAGUUCCAGCCUGUCUUAGAUCCCAAGAUGACACAGAACUGAAAAAAACUGAGACAGAAAAGAGGCCAAAGAAAGUCUCUCAGAUCCCAAUCAGGAAAACUGUUCCUAAGCCAGACCCUAACCUUACUCCAAUGGGACUACCCAAACCAAAAAGGCUUAAGAAGAAAGAAUUUAGUUUAGAAGAAAUUUACACAAACAAGAACUAUAAGUCCCCACCUCCAGCCAGGAGCUUGGAAACAAUCUUUGAAGAGCCCAAGGAGAAAAAUGGGUGCUUGAUCUCUGUCAGCCAGCAGAAGAGAAAGCGAAUUCUGGAGUUUCAGGACUUUACUCUUCCCCGGAAAAGGAAGACACGGGGCAAAGUCAAGGCAGUGGGUAGUUACACCCGAGCAAAAAAAGCUGCAUUACAGAGUGCAGAGUUAGAUGCUCUUCUGAGUCAGAAGCUAAUGGACCUUGAAACCUUUUUUAAAGAGGAGGCUGAGCAGGAGCAGGCCUCUAGCAUCUGAGGGAGCCAUUUAGCUGAAAAUGAUCCAGUCAGCUCCUUUGCUCUUUUAGUCCUGUUGGGAGACAUCUACUGACUUCAUACAUUGCUCUACUCCUCUGUUCUGACAUCUGAUCAGUUUUUGGCUGUGACCCUCUUUAAGGUGCUAUUUAAUUUUUAAAAAAAUGUUACUGGAGGGUUUCUUUUAGGUCCCUGUUUGAGUGGAACACAGCCACACAGAAAUUACCAUUCCUUCCCCCACCUCUGGAAGUUACAGCUAAUAUUUAAUUGUUUCAACACCUUUUGAGGGUAGAGCAGGAGUGUAAAGGAGGAAGCAGUGCACCUUCAGUGAUGCUAGAGCUCUGUACUCCAGAUCAUUUGCACAUUUGAGUCUGCUGUUGUUACUGUAAUGGCUAUUUUUAACAAUCUGGCAGAAGAGAUAUGUUGUUUGAUAAAGAUUAAUUCUAGCAAACACAUUCUUGAUAUACCACUAACUUUUAAAUAAUUAAAAGUAGCUGUCUGGGUUUGCUUUCAAUUGUUUCUUCCUUCUGUUUACUUAGAAGGUUCCUUCUGAGUUUCUGUGCCCUUCCUGGCUUCAAGCAGCAGAAGCCCCACAUAACCAGAAUUUAAAUAACUUGCACUUUGUAUAUGUUUCUUUAUUUGCUGCAUGAGGACACCUUUUAAUAUGACAGCUCAAAAAAAGGUAAUAUUUUAAGAAAAAAUUGUGCCCAGUAGUAAUUUUUCUGAAUAGAGUUUUUACCUACUUGGCUGAUGCCAACCUCUUCUGCAGAGGAAAAGGUAAUUAGCCCAUGAACAUGUUAAGCUGCAGGAUACUAAGUAGAGGUUUUUAUUUAACUGAGCUGAGCUCCUCCAUGCAGGGAACACCAGCAAGAUCUUUGAGACUCACUUCUAAGUGAUUUUAUAAAUUCCAUUAAAAAGAUCAACUUGAUUUUAAUGCCAAGAAGAAAAUAAUUUUUCUCCAUCUCUAGGGUUGGGGUUUUUUUACCAUUUUAGACUUAUAAUUCAUAUAGCUCAUAAUUAGAUAUUCUCUGUGCAGCACUGUUGUACAUAAUAGCUAGUGUUGUACAAAGAGUCUCCUAGCAUGUGGACAUUUUUUUGUUACUUUUACCCAACACAAACCAUUCAGUGAUGAUAUAAGGCCAUUUGUAAUUAUCUGAUGCAGCACUGCACAGUUUCUCAGCUAUACCUUUUGAGGAAAGAGAGCUCCCUUCUGGGAUAACUUCUGUUAAACUUACUUGAAGGAUAAUUCAAAAUGAAUGCUAGCUGCUGUUCAGGUUAUUUCUGCCCUUUAGUGCCUAUAGAAGUUAUUCAGGCAAAGCUGUCUUGCUGGGAUGCUCAAAUUUAAUUAGUCUUUUCUUUGACUUGUCACUUGAAACUUGCACUUUCUUAUUUCCCUGUAAUAGAGUUUCUAUUUACCUUCAAAAUUAGCAAAUAUCUAGUGGGUGGGUAUUUUUUUAUAAAAUCCCAAUAAAUGCAGGACUGAAAUUACCAUAAUUAUCUUCCGUUGCUCUGCCACUUCUGUUACUGACCAAACAGAAAACUAAAAAUUAAGCAAUCUGUUGAAUUCCAGAGCUUUGAAAAUAGAGAAAUGGAAGAGGAUUAUUGCACUGUGUGUGCGUGAGUCUUGAAAGAAAUGUGAUCUGGGCUUGUUUUGCUCACAACUUAGGGAUUCCUAGAAGUUUACAAUCUUGUUUUGGAAGCUAAUUACCUUGAAUCAGGAACACUGAAGGAAAGAGAUGAGUGCACACUUAAGUGUGGGGUUUGGGUUUUGAGGAUAAAAUAACAAGGCAGGCAAACUUUGAACAUAUUGUCCUACUAUUUCAGCAGCAAGGUCUGGUUAACCUGCUUGGGCUGCUGUAGAAUAUUUUAAUUAAUCCUCUUUAUUUUUAUAAAAAGAAAUCCCUAAAAGGUAAAGGUUGACUGCCUUUUCAAAAACUUUUGAAACUUUGCCUAUACUAGUUUAUUAGCCCAGUUAUGGACUGGUUGGAAGCUGUAGCAAGAGUGAGAUAUAUAUUUUUAUGCGUUUAUGCUAUAGAAUGGGAUUGUUAACACAGCAUUUUCACCUGUUACUAUGGGAGGCUUCUGGUGCUGUGACACAGUUGAGCUGUAACCUUACUGGGGCUCUUAAGGAAACAAGGAUGUGGGUGGGGAGGGAGGAAACUCGGGUCCAGGCAAAGUUCAGACCUUUCAUGUUCUUUAAGACAUGGAAUGCGUUGUUUUCUUCCUUCGGGCUGUGGGUUGGGUUUGGUUUUUUUUGGGUGGUUUGGGGUUUUUUUUCUACUUCCCUGCUCUGUCCUGUUUCUAAUUGCUUUGAAAGAAUAUUUUUUAGCUUUCUUUUUAUCAGCUACAGCAGAGAGAGCAAAGAAAACACUCCAUUGUGUUUUGUUUACAAUAAUCGGAGGAUUUAUAAAACAAUGUUGCAGUUGCCUAGCUUGUCCCAGUCCUUAGAGGAAAACCAAAUAAGCAGCAUUUUCUGUUUUGGUUUAGUAUUUGUAUGAUGAUAGAGAUGUAAGCUAAUGGAGACAAAGCAUAUCUUCCCUGUUACCUUCCCCACCAUCAUACAGAUGUCAGUCAUGCUUCUGCACUUUUUCUUUUUUCCUUUCCCAGCUCUGUUCCUGUUUACAGGACUCAUGGAACAACCUUGUUCCUUGUGGCUGCAGCUUGUACACUGGGAGUGAUGACUCUGCAAAAGCUGGGUAUUGCCACUCUUAAGUUGUUCUGUCCCAGAUAACUGAAAGAAAAAAGUAGAAAGUAUGCAUCUUUUGGUGUCUUGCAUACUUCCCUGGCUGAAAGAGGUGUACUCUUGCCUUUUCAUAAAGUGAAUCCACUCCAGUGAGGCUUUUUUGUAUCAUCACGGAAAGACGUUGUACAUACUGCUCAAAGAACCAUGAUUAGAGCAGCCUGAGAAUUGCAAAGCUUUUGCCAUGUACUGUCUCUUAGUAGUAAGUUUUGCAGAGCAAGGCAGCUCUUCACUAAAUUUCCUGAUUAUAGGAGGCAGAAAGAUCAUUUUUUAAAAAAACAAAACACAAAACCAAAAAAGAAUCUUAUUUUAAUCAUGCUACAACUGGAGCAGCUAAGGCUACUUUAUGUUACAGCAUUUGCCUGGCUGGUCUUGUGGUUGGAUACAUCACAGUUCUGAUGCUUGCUGGAUAUGAUUUUUGCAAGCAGUUCUCAUUUCCUGUAUUUAAUUUGAGGUGGGCCUUUGGUGUGUCAUGUUCCAGGUGCUCUUCUAGAAUAUGGAUGGUAACUGUCGAUUAAAAGUCUGUAUGAUGCUAUCAAGCUAACAAAUAGCUCAAUGAGAACUUGUACACUUGUGCCAUUAGCCUCCAUCAUGCUCUUGGCAUUUUCUUCCUGUUCAAUGUUGUGUGAACCUAAAAUUUUACUGUUUCUUUUGUGUGUGUUUUUAAUUUAUGAAAAUAAAUUUUUCUGAGGA